AUGUCCCUCCGGACCUUGAAUCUCGAGUGGCCCUUCUACAUCGCCACUCCGUAUGCUCCCUGCACCGUGGAUGACGAGGAGGCAUACUACGUCUACGUCCGUCUUCCCAACUCCAGGGUGUGGCGCAAAAUCGUCUCGGCGGUCCUGUAUGAGGAGGAGAAGCGCAUCCCGAAGGUCGUGGCGAGCGAGCACGCCACUAUCCAGACAUCCAUCGCAGCAGCUUUUAUCGCCCUCAACAGGCUGCAGGCGGGGAUCAUCAACCCCAAGCUCAACCCCUACCUGCCGGUCUCCGCCCAUGCAGUGUAUGACGAGACGAUGACUGAGCUCGAUACUGCUAAGGAAAUGCUCUGCACCAUCGCUGUUCUGGAGUACUUUGUCGCAAAGGUCGACGUCUCGGUGUGCUCGGGGACCGCGAACAUGUCGGUCAUCAUCACGAGCGUGGCCUCGGCAACAAAGGCGGAGCCAAAGGUGCACACGGUCCACGACCGCGAAAACGUCCUCGCCACCAUCGCGCAGCGCAACGCCGGGCUCGUCGUCCUCUUCGACUUUAUCGCUCGGCUGCAUUACAGGAUUGGGGAGGUUCUCCUUCGAACUCAAGCGAUGAAGGGGGAGACCGUCAGCGAGCUCAGCAGCGCGGUGGACGACGCCUUCGCGAGCCUCUGCCGCGCACUGGCGCCACUCGACUUCCAGUGCAAGAUUCCCAACGAGCGCUUCUAG